AUGGAUGGUGAUUCGGCUGUCGAGUCACAGCUAGAUGGCUUCAGUCUGGUGCUUCCGCUGCCGUAUCGUGUUGCUUUGAUCAUCGUUUUGGGCGUCUGGGCUUGGGGACUGAAUCUACACUAUCUGCACUUGAUCAAGAUUGACGUGCCAUCCCUUAUUCGUUACCCUGCUCGUAACUCUCCCACCGAACCGCCGCAUCACCUCUCGACCUACCGCCUUGCGACAAUCCUUACCAUUCCUCUCGCUUUCUCGCUGUUCCUCUUUUGGGCCAUCACACAAGGUGACCCCGCCUCGGUCGCAAGUUGGGAAGUCUUACCUAACCUAUACCUGCUCGUACUCGUACUUGCAUUCGUUCUACCUAUUCAGCGCGUCUCACGCAGUGGCCGCUACCGAACUCUCGCUACCCUCAAGCGCAUCAGUAUAGGUGGCUUGGCUGAAGCUCACGAUGGGAAAUUCGGAGACGUUCUGAUGGCCGAUGUCUUGACGAGCUAUGCAAAAGUUAUGGGAGAUUUGUUCAUUGCGCUCUACAUGUUCUUCUCGUCAGGAAGGAGCUCAACGGAGAAGCCGGACCGUCAUGCCGGUGGUUCAUACUUGGUACCUUUCAUCAUUGCUAUUCCUAGCAUGAUUCGUCUGAGGCAGUGCUUGAUUGAGUACUUCAGAGUCCGCAAGGCCAAUGCAAAGGCUGGAGGCAUUGGCGCUCACGGAUGGGGUGGUCAACAUCUGGCAAACGCGCUCAAAUACUCUAGCGCUUUCCCUGUCAUCAUCUUGAGUGCACUGAUGAGAGGAUACGAUCCAGCAAAGAUUGGCAUGUCUGAGGCUGGAUUGUUUCGUCUAUGGCUAUUUUUCGUUUUCGUCAAUUCCUUCUACUCUUUUUACUGGGAUGUCACAAAAGAUUGGGAUCUGUCCUUAUUCUCGACAGCCAGAGAGAGAAAUGACCCGGAGCAUCCAUGGGCUCUUCGCCGCAAUCGGUACUUCCAUGCCAAGGAAAUGUACUAUGGUGCUAUCUGCGUAGAUCUGAUGCUCCGAUGUACAUGGAGCUUCAAGCUCUCUCCACACUUGGACCACUUCAAUGAUUUGGAAGGUGGCAUCUUUGUGAUGGAAUUGCUUGAGGUUCUUCGACGCUGGAUCUGGAUCUUCUUCCGUGUCGAGACUGAAUGGGUGCGCAACACUCGUGGUCCCGCACCAGACGAGAUCCUCCUUGGUGACUUCCCCUCUAACAAGAUAGACGAAGAUUAG